UUGGCUAUGACUAUGGUGUUACAGUUCGCUGGCCGUCAUUGUGCGCUUUGUGAAAUUCUUAAUCAGGUGACAUUCGCUGCUGGUGUUAUGGUUACUCUGGCGUUGAUACGUGCAGCCUGUUAUGUACCCAACAUAUGUAAUGUUAGGUAGGAAAGAAUUGUUUCCUCUUUCUGUUUAUCUUCUGGUUGUCUUUGUUGUACUUCGCUCCGAGGAGUGUAUCCACUAUGGCUGGAUCCCUCACUCGUUUUCUUGUGGCUUCUGGAGAUUUCAUCUGCUUGCAUGGCAUGGCGUUGGCGUUGAGGUCAAGUUAUUUCCCACGGAGUGUUUAUGCAGAACACGGAUCCUGGGUGACUUUAGAAAGAUGUAAUGACAGAGAGCGGUACCAUGGUCUACCGGCCCUCUACGCCCGUGUCUGCUUCUAGUUCCGUUUGGCACACGAUUCCUAGAUGGUAUG